AUGUUCGUCUCCUUACUCUCCCAUCUUGUUUCUCAAGUUGUGUACUGCUCACCGUGUGGACAUCCACUCUCAUCUCGUCAGGUUCGCAAAACAAGCAAUCAACCCCCAAAAUCGACAUCAUUUUUCCUUUUAGUUUCUUUUCUUCAUUUAUUCAUUUAUUAUUUAUUUUCAUUAUUCUUUUUUCCUUCUUCUUCUUCUUCUUCUUCUUCUUCUUUUUCUUCUUCUUCUUCUUCUUCUUCUAUCCUUUUUAUUUCGCAUCAGUUUUGUUCCGUUAGUUACUAUAUUCUUUCUUUCUUAAUUUCUUCACCUUCUUUUUUCAUCUUGUUUUUUUUUCUUUCUAUUUCCUUUUCUUACUUCUUCCGUCCUUUUUUCUUUCUUUUUCUUCCCAAUGUUUCCUUUGCUAUUCGUCUUUUGCUCAUAUUACUUCAAUAUUCUUUCUUUUUCUUUUUCUUUUCUUUCUAUCCUUUGUCUCUUGUUCAUUUCUUAUUAUUACUUCAUAAUUCUUCUUUGCUUGCUGUCUCCUUCUUCUUCUUCUUUCCUUCUUCUUUUCUUUUUCUUCUUCUUCUUCUUUUUUUCUUUCUUCUUCUUUUUUUUUCUUUUCUUUUUUCUUUCUUUUCUUCUUCUUCUUCUUCUUUUCCGUCUUCUUUCUUUCUUUUUUCUUCUUCUUCUUCUUUCUUUCUUCUUUUCUAUUUCUUUUUAUUUUCUUCUUUCUUUUUCUUUCCUUUCUAUUUCUUUUUUCUUUCUUUCUUUCUUUCUAUUUUUUUAUUCUUCUUUCUUUCUUUCUUUCUUUCUUUCUAUUUCUUUUGUUACUUCUUUCUUUCUUUCUUUUCCUUUUUUACUUCUUUCUUUUUCUUUCUUUCUAUUUCCUUUUGUUUCUUCUUUCUUUCUUUUCUUUUGUUUGCUUUCUUUCUAUUUCCUUUUUUCUUUUUCUUUCUUUCUUUCUCUUUCUAUUUCCUUUUUUUUUUCUUUCUUUCUUUUCUUUUUGUUACUUCUUUUUUUCUUUCUUUCUAUUUCCUUUUCUUUACUUCUUUCUUUCUUUCUUUCUUUCUAUUUCCUUUGUUACUUCUUUCUUUUCUUUUCUUUUCUUUUUUUCUUUUUCUUCUUUCUUUCUUUCUUUUCCUUUUAUUUUUCUUUUUCUUUCUUUCUUUCUUUCCUUUUGUUUCUUUCUUUUUUCUUUUCCUUUUUUUUCUUCUUUCUUUCUUUCUAUUUCCUUUUGUUACUUCUUUCUUUCUUUCUUUUCCUUUUUUACUUCUUUCUUUUUUCUUUCUUUCUUCUUUCUUUUUUCCUUUCUUUCUUUCUUUCUUUCUAUUUCCUUUUGUUUUUUCUUUCUUUCUUUCUUUUCUUUUAUUACUUUUUCUUUCUUUCUAUUUCCUUUUAUUACUUCUUUCUUUCUUUCUUUCUUUCUAUUUCCUUUUUACUUCUUUCUUUCUUUCUUUUCUUUCUUUUCUUUCUUUCUUUCUUUUUCUUUUACUUUCUUUCUUUCUUUUCUAUUUCCUUUUUAUUACUUCUUUCUUUCUUUUCUUUCUUUUUUUCCUUUUGUUACUUUCUUUCUUUCUUUCUUUUCUUUUGUUACUUCUUUCUUUCUUUCUUUCUUUUCUUUUUUACUUCUUUCUUUCUUUCUUUCUAUUUCCUUUUGUUACUUCUUUCUUUCUUUCUUUUUUUUACUUUUUUACUUCUUUCUUUCUUUCUUUCUUUUUUUUGUUACUUCUUUCUUUCUUUCUAUUUCCUUUUGUUACUUCUUUCUUUCUUUUUUCUUUCUUUUCCUUUUUUAUUUCUUUUCUUUCUUCUUCCUUUCUUUCUUUCUUUCUUUCUUUUUUCUUACUUCUUUCUUUCUUUUCUUUCUUUCUAUUUCCUUUUGUUACUUCUUUCUUUCUUUCUUUUCCUUUUUCUUCUUUCUUUCUUUCUUUUCUUUUUCUUUUUCUUUCUUUUUCCUUUUGUUACUUCUUUCUUUCUUUCUAUUUCCUUAUUUUCUUUCUUUCUUUCUUUCUAUUUCCUUUUGUUACUUCUUUCUUUCUUUCUUUCUUUCUAUUUCCUUUUGUUACUUCUUUCUUUCUUUCUUUCUAUUUCCUUUUGUUACUUCUUUCUUUCUUUCUUUCUAUUUCCUUUUGUUACUUCUUUCUUUCUUUCUUUCUAUUUCCUUUUGUUACUUCUUUCUUUCUUUCUUUCUUUCUUUCUUUCUAUUUCCUUUUGUUACUUCUUUCUUUCUUUCUAUUUCCUUUUGUUACUUCUUUCUUUCUUUCUUUCUUUCUUUCUAUUUCCUUUUGUUACUUCUUUCUUUCUUUCUUUCUAUUUCCUUUUGUUACUUCUUUCUUUCUUUUUUCCUUUUUUACUUUUCUUUCUUUCUUUCUUUCUUUUCCUUUUGUUACUUCUUUCUUUUCUUUCUUCCUUUUUCUUUCUUUUUCUUUCUUUCUAUUUCCUUUUUUUACUUCUUUCUUUCUUUCUUUUUCUAUUUCCUUUGUUUCUUUUUUCUUUCUUUCUAUUUCCUUUUAUUUACUUCUUUCUUUCUUUCUUUCUUUUCCUUUUUUUUACUUCUUUCUUUCUUUCUUUCUUUCUUUCUAUUUCCUUUUGUUACUUCUUUCUUUCUUUCUUUCUAUUUCUUUUUUCUUCUUUCUUUCUUUCUUUCUUUUCUUUUUUACUUUUUCUUUCUUUCUUUUUCUUUUUUUCUUUUUCUUUCUUUCUUUCUAUUUCCUUUGUUUACUUCUUUCUUUCUUUUAUUUUUUUUUUUACUUCUUUCUUUCUUUCUUUCUUUUCCUUUUAUUUACUUUUUCUUUUUUCCUUUUCCUUUUUUUCUUCUUUUCUUUCUUUCUUUUCUUUCUUUUUUUUUAUUUCUUUCUUUCUUUCUUUUCCUUUUUUUGUUACUUUCUUUCUUUCUUUUAUUUUCUUUUGUUUUCUUUCUUUCUUUCUUUUUUCUAUUUCCUUUUGUUUGUAUUUCUUUCUUUCUUUUCUUUUCCUUUUAUUUACUUCUUUCUUUCUUUCUUUCUUUUCCUUUUUUAUUUCUUCUUUCUUUCUUUCUUUCCUUUUUUUCUUUCUUUCUUUCUUUCUUUCCUUUUUUUUGUUUUUCUUUCUUUCUAUUUCCUUUUGUUACUUCUUUCUUUCUUUCUUUUUUCUUUUCUUUUUGUUACUUCUUUCUUUCUUUCUUUUCUUUUAUUUAUUUCCUUUUUCUUUUCUUUCUUUCUUUUCCUUUUGUUUCUUUCUUUCUUUUUUUCCUUUUUUUCUUUCUUUCUUUCUUUCUUUUCCUUUUAUUUUCUUUCUUUCUUUCUUUUUCCUUUUUUUUUCUUUCUUUUUUCUUUCUUUCUUUUCUUUCUUUUUCUUUCUUUCUUCUUUUUUUUGUUACUUCUUUCUUUCUUUUCUUUUUUCCUUAUUUCCUUCUUUCUUUCUUUUCUUUUUCUUUUAUUUCUUCUUUUCUUUCUUUCUUUCUUUUCUAUUUCCUUUUGUUACUUCUUUCUUUCUUUCUUUUAUUUCCUUUUAUUUACUUCUUUCUUUCUUUCUUUCUUUUGUUUUCUUCUUUCUUUCUUUCUUUCUUUCUAUUUCCUUUUGUUACUUCUUUCUUUCUUUCUAUUUCCUUUUGUUACUUCUUUCUUUCUUUCUUUCUUUCUAUUUCCUUUUGUUACUUCUUUCUUUCUUUCUAUUUCUUUUUGUUACUUCUUUCUUUCUUUCUUUCUUUUUCCUUUUGUUACUUCUUUCUUUCUUUCUAUUUCCUUUUGUUACUUCUUUCUUUCUUUCUAUUUCUUUUGUUUUCUUUCUUUCUUUUCUUUCUUUCUUUCUAUUUCCUUUUGUUUCUUUCUUUCUUUCUUUCUUUCUUUCUAUUUCCUUUUGUUACUUCUUUCUUUCUUUCUAUUUCCUUUUGUUACUUCUUUCUUUCUUUCUAUUUCCUUUUGUUACUUCUUUCUUUCUUUCUUUCUUUCUAUUUCCUUUUGUUACUUCUUUCUUUCUUUCUUUCUUUCUUUCUAUUUCCUUUUGUUACUUCUUUCUUUCUUUCUUUCUAUUUCCUUUUGUUACUUCUUUCUUUCUUUCUUUUCCUUUUUAUUACUUUUUCUUUCUUUCUAUUUCUUUUGUUUUCUUUCUUUCUUUCUUUCUAUUUCCUUUUGUUACUUCUUUCUUUCUUUCUAUUUCCUUUUUUGUUACUUCUUUCUUUCUUUUCUUUCUUUCUAUUUCCUUUUGUUUGCUUCUUUCUUUCUUUCUAUUUCCUUUUAUUUACUUCUUUCUUUCUUUCUUUUUUUUUCUUUUUUAUUUACUUCUUUCUUUCUUUCUUUUUGUUACUUUUUCUUUCUUUCUUUCUUUCCAUUUCCUUUUAUUUACUUCUUUCUUUCUUUCUAUUUCUUUUGUUUACUUCUUUCUUUUCUUUCUUUCUCUUUUUUCUUUCUUUUAUUUCCUUUUGUUAAUUCUUUCUUUUCUAUUUCCUUUGUUACUUCUUUCUUUCUUUCUUUCUUUUCCUUUUAUUUCCUUCUUUUUUUUUCUUUCUUUCUUUCUUUUUUCCUUAUGUUUUUUCUUUCUUUCUUUCUUUUUCUUUUGUUACUUCUUUCUUUUUCUUUCUUUCUUUCUUUUUAUUUCCUUUUUAUUUCUCUUUCUUUCUUUUCUUUUUAUUUACUUCUUUCUUUCUUUUCUUUCUUUCUUUUUUCCUUUUCCUUUUUUUACUUCUUUCUUUCUUUCUAUUUCCUUUUGUUUUCUUUCUUUCUUUCUUUUCUUUUUCUUUUCUUUCUUUCUAUUUUUUUUUUUAUUUCUUUCUUUCUUUCUUUCUAUUUCUUUUUUUUCUUCUUUCUUUCUUUCUUUCUUUUGUUACUGCUUCUUUUUCUUUCUUUCUUUCUUUCUAUUUCCUUUUUUUUUCUUUCUUUCUUUCUUUCUUCUUUCUUUUUGUUUCUUUCUUUCUUUUUCUUCUUUCUUUCUUUCUUUCUUUCUUUCCUUUUUGUUACUUCUUUCUUUCUUUCUUUUCCUUUUUGUUACUUCUUUUUUCUUUCUAUUUCCUUUUGUUUUCUUUCUUUCUUUCUUUCUUUCUUUCCUUUUGUUACUUCUUUCUUUCUUUUCUUUCUAUUUCCUUUUUCUUUCUUUCUUUCUUUCUAUUUCCUUUUUAUUUACUUCUUUCUUUCUAUUUCCUUUUGUUACUUCUUUCUUUCUUUCUUUCUUUCUUUUUUCCUUUUCCUUUUGUUACUUCUUUUCUUUCUUUCUUUCUUUUUCCUUUCUAUUUCCUUUUUUUUUCUUUCUUUCUUUCUUUCUUUUCUAUUUUGUUACUUCUUCUUUCUUUCUUUCUUUCUUUCUAUUUUCUUUUGUUUCUUCUUUCUUUCUUUCUUUCCUUUUAUUUUCUUUCUUUUCUUUCUUUUCUUUCUUUCUUUCCUUUUGUUACUUCUUUCUUUCUUUCUUUCUAUUUACUUUUUGUUUCUUUCUUUCUUUUCUUUCUUACUUCUUUCUUUCUUUCUUUCUUUUCUAUUUCCUUUUGUUACUUCUUUCUUUCUUUCUUUUCCUUUUGUUUACUUUUCUUUUCUUUCUUUCUUUCUAUUUCCUUUUGUUACUUCUUUUUCUUUCUUUCUUUCUAUUUCUUUUGUUACUUUUUCUUUUUUCUUUCUAUUUCCUUUUGUUACUUCUUUCUUUCUUUCUUUCUUUCUUAUUUCUUUUGUUACUUCUUUCUUUCUUUCUUUCUUUUCCUUUUUUCUUACUUCUUUCUUUCUUUUUUCUUUUUUCUUUUUUCUUUUUUCUUUCUUUCCGUUACUUCUUUUUCCUUUUCCUUUUUUUGCUUCCCAUUUUCUUUUAUUUACCUUUUUUCAUAUUACUUCAAUAUUCUUUCUUUCUUUUUCUUCUAAAGACUUAACGAAACACAACGAGAGACAAGACAAUCAUCCCUCUUUUUCUACAUAUUUGAUGCUAAGCCUGGGCUGA